UGGUAAAGGGUAAAGCACAGACUCGCAGCGCUACUGCAGAUCAACAAAGUCUUUAGCGUGUGUUCAUUGAAAGAUCCGAGUUAGACUUAGGUUCAGUCAUGUCAACGCGCUCCGAAGCUUCCUGCCCGAUUCCGAGCCGCUCCAUCCAUGAGAAAAGCUGGUCUCCAUCUGACAGCUACAGUCAGACUCCAGGAGGAACUCUGUUUUCAACAACGCCUGGGGGAACUCGCAUAAUCUAUGAUCGAAAGUUUCUCUUGGAAUGUCGAAACUCCCCGAUCGCACGCACCCCACCCUGUUGCCUCCCCCACAUUCCAGGGGUCACCAGACCCUCACUGCAACCAGCAGAGCUGGAGCAAGACAGCAAAGACCUAUCUGUUGAUGACAGUCAGUUUGUGAUGGAUAUGUGAUGGAUGUCUCCAGCUCCUAUUGAAAAAUGGAUUGUCUUAGCCUGUUCUACCAGUGCUCCUGAUCUGAGGGUAGAUCACACCAGCUGUGGAUCCCUUCAUUAUUGCCUCUACCCGUUAUUUUUUACUCUACCUAAAUAAUGAAAUGCUCAGAGCAAGUUAGUCUCUGUUGUGGGGAGGAGCAUUUUGAGUUUGGUGGAUAGUAUGUUGAAAAUGCAGCUUCCGUUUCAGCUGCGAUUCAGUGCCUUCCUUUUUUUUAACCAUUCGGAAGGUGACUAUAUGUUAUCUACAUUUUUAAUAUCCGAGAAUUAUUCAAAUGCAGCGGUUUCAUUUUUGCAAUGGAAUUAUGAUCCUAUGAGGGGCAUUUAAGAAAAUCCAGAAUGCCAGAAAUCAACUGUACUGUUCUCUGGAUAUAAUAUGAUGUUUUGGAAUAAAACUAAAACACUUGUUCACUUGUUUAAAAACUUUGAAAAUUAAUUUAGAGAAGAAUUUAGAAAUCAUUUUAGCAUUUUCAAUACAUUUGGGGAAACCAA